GAUCUCCAUCCACCAUCAUUCAUGGAACCAUACACGAUGCCUUUACUCUUGUGUCAGUGCUGAGUUGGCAUCAACUUUCUUCCCCUUUCAAAUAUUGCAAAUCGUAGUCGGAGACUGGGCAGAGAAAAGCUGAUCUGAUCUGACAGAGGGAAUAAUUGCGCUUGGAUGUCAGACUGAGUCCUUCAAUUUUUUUCGGGUGUACUCGACCGACUGACUUUUCUCUCAUCGGUUUUCUUGGCUCUUGGCAGCCCGUACGCUCGCCACACAGACGACAUUCUCGUCUUGCCCAGUCUCAUGAACUUCAGUCGGAAGAAGGGUUCAAUAGAUACAUGCAUUGUUUCCCUUUCAACUCUUCUGGAAUUAGGAUUCAGAAGGCCCACACGGUUCGGAUUUAACAGUGGCUUGUGUUAAAAGCGCUGUACACACGUUAUAAAGGGUGUCGGGGACUAUGACCUGCACAGCAGCGACUCACGAACAUUCCAUCCAUCAUCAUCAUAUCCGUGCAUAUCGUCCUAAUUCCCCAUAUCGAGUCGAAACGACCAACGCUUUUCUAACGUCUACGUAACUUCUAGCCUCAGGACUGUUUGAGGAAAGAUCUAUGGCUCUGCUCCUGGAUGCGGUUAAUGUAGCAGUUGCGGCGGCCACAGGCAACGCUAGGGUAUUUACUGUCAUGAAUAAUUGCCCGUAUACGAUUUGGCCUGCUUUGUACACAGACCCAGGCGUUGGUCCGUCAAAACCGAACCAGUCUACUGGGUGGGAGGCACCAUCCGGAAGCUCAGUCAUAUUCACAGUUCCCGAUGAUUGGAAAUCUGGUCGCAUCUGGGGCCGAACGAGCUGUAACUUUGACACGAAUCCUGGACCGACGUCUUGCGUUACUGGGGGGUGUAUCGGUGGGAUGGAGUGUACUCAGCCUGGCGUACCUCCGACAUCCCUAGCUGAAUGGACUCUACGAGGAGACGGAAAUCGAGAUUUUUACGAUGUCUCCCUCGUAGAUGGAUCCAACCUACCGAUGUCAAUUACGAACACCGCUGGAUGUCCUGUUGCGGAGUGUCCAGUCGAUCUGAAUACCAACUGCCCAGCAGCUCUAAGAGGACCAUCCGCUCCAGACGGUAACAACGCAGGAUGUAAAAGUGCUUGUUUUGCUAAUUUGGAUGGGAACCCCACGGAUUCUGCAAAUUGUUGCAGCGGAAGCCACAAUACACCCGCUACUUGUCCAAAUAGUGGCGUUCAGUUUUAUGAUUAUUUCAAAACCCAGUGUAAAAACUCUUAUGCAUACGCAUUCGACGAAAGCAGUAACACUGCUUUGUGGACAUGCGACUCGGGGUUGAAAGCUGGUUAUACGUUGACGUUUUGUCCUUGACGUUCGUUUUUUGUUUGUGUGGAAGGAGUUCCUGGGGACGAAAUGUAUGAAUGAUUGAACGAUUAGAAUUGAGAGUUAAAUAACUACACAUAUACAACGUAUGACGGGUUAAACCAUUCGUGCUCGUAUUGUACAAGUAG